AUGUCUGAUUCAUUUGCCAAGCUUUCAUCUAUGAUGGAAUCGGCAAAGGAGUUCACGAUUGAGGCUGCAGUUUCUGCUUCUGCCCGAUUGACAGAAACACCAAGUGCACUGAGACCAGCCGAGGUAUCAAAAUUAUUAAACUCGAGAAUAGAUAGAGAUAUACUAAAGGGGAUGAAAUGUGUUGUAUCCAUAAUAUCGCGAGGUGAGAAUGGUUUACCAUACUUUGCUGAUGUUGUGAAAAAUGUAACUUCAAGCAAUGGCAAAAUCAAACAAUUAGUUGUCAUUUAUUUAACCAAAUAUGCUGACUUGGAACCAGAUACAGCAUUGCUUUCUAUUAAUUCAAUUCAAAAAUCUUUGAAUGAGAAAAAUCAAAUUAAUAGAGCAAAUGCAAUUAGAUCCUUAGCUGGAAUUCGAAUAAGUUCUAUUGCUCCAAUUCUUGAUUUAUGUAUAAAGAGGACAUCAACUGAUCCUUCGCCAUUGGUUAGAGCAGCAACAGCUAUCUCAAUAGGUAAAGCAUAUGAAAUAUCUGAACAUUCUAAGAAAUCAUUAGUUGAAUAUUUGAAUCGUCUUCUUGCAGACAGUGAGCCAUUGGUAGUUUCUUCAGCAUUGAAAUCAUAUUAUAGAAUCGGAAAAGAUUAUACCAACGAGACCAAAAAAUGGGCUCCAAUACAUGGUCAUUUUAGAAGAUUAUGUUCUCUUUUGUUGGAUUUUGAUGAAUGGACACAAUGUUUAGUUGUUGAUUUACUUACUGAGUAUUCUCGAAAGUUCUUGCCUAGACCAAAAUUAUAUCUGAAGGAUGGAUCAAAUCAAAUAAUCGACCUCCCUGAAGAUAUCAGAGAGAUCCCAUUUGAGGAAUAUGAGACAUCUUUUGAUGAAGAUCUUGAAUUAUUUUUGCAUUCCUUGAAGCCAUUGAUUUAUUCAAAUUCAGAAAAUGUCAUAUUAAGCAUCGUAAGAUCGGUCUAUUUGCUUGCCACGCCUUUAGUAUUUAAAGAAUUUCAAUUGGAUUCCAUAUUAACUAGGAUAGCGACUUCCUAUGAUGAGAGCCAAAUUAGACUAUAUGCAUUACAGACUAUUGCAUUUAUCAAUAACCAGACUAAUAUUUUCAAUGACCACUUUAGGAAAUUUUAUGUGAUGCCGACAGACCUGAGUGAUAUUGCCACUUGCAAACUUUCAAUUCUUUCAUCAAUGUCUAACGAGGGGAAUUUUAAGUACAUAUUUGAGGAGUUAAAGUAUUACUCGCUUCAUUCUCGAGACGCCAAUAUAAGAAAAGAAAGCAUCAAAACAAUUGGAAAAUGUUCCCAGAUUUCUUUAGAAUGGUCACAAAAAAUUCUAAAAUGGAGUUUAGCAAGGAUAAAGGAUUCAAAUGGAGAUGUUUUGAAUGAGUUGCUAAAAGUCAUCCGUUAUUUGCUUCAACAAAAGAGUGAUAGAAAUGAUCCCAAGGAAAAGGAGGAGGUUUUAAAGACCACCUAUAAAUUAUCAUUGAUUUUACAAGAUCAUUCUUUUGACUUGGAUGAUGAGGCAAAAGCUGGAAUAAUCUGGUUAAUUGGAGAAUAUACUGCUCUCGGUGAAAAUUCAUUUGGUCCUGAUGUGUUGAGAAGUUUGCUCAAGACAUUUCCAGGGGAAGCAGCUCUGGUUAGAUAUCAGAUUUUGGUCUUGGCAUGCAAGAUUUUCUCAUUUGAUUUAGCUAGACUCAAAAAUGAAAUUGGAACGGAUGAUCAAGAUUAUAUUGAAGAGAAAUUAUCAAACAGUAUAGAAUAUAAGAUGUUCCAACAUGUUUUACAAUUAUCCAAAUAUGAUGAAUCAUAUGACACAAGAGACCGUGCUAGAAUGUUUAAUGUUUUGUUAAACACUGGACCGGACCAAGCUCAAUUAGCAUCUUUAUUUUUGCAAGUUCCCAAACCAAUUCCCUUUAUUAGCACAGAAAAUGAUGAUAUUGUUGCACCUUUAUCCAAAUAUUUUACGGUCGUCGAAUGGACUUCUGAUCCAUCUCUUCUUCCACCAUCGUCAAUAAGAAAACCAGUAACAGUACAAGUUAAUAGUUUAUCCACUCCUGGAUUUUCAUCUAAAGAGGUCACAAAUAAUAUUCCUAUUCAAUCAUUCACUAAUACUGCUAUUUCUUCUGAGCAAGCUGUGAAUGUAGAGAAGACUACAGCUUCAAAGAGUAAGCCAGCUUAUCAACUUCAAAGUUUGGAUGAGUUCUUUGGAAAUGAAGCAAGUUCCAGUGAAGAAGAAGAGGUGGAAGAAUCUGACGAAGAGUCUGAUGAAUCCGAAACAUCUAUAGAAGAUUCUAGCCUGGAAGACGAGGAAAGUGAAGAAGAAGAAGAAGAUGAUGAACAUGAGCAGUUGAAGGAUCAUGAUGAUGACGAUGAAAGCGAUGCUGACAGUACCAAAGCAUUUAUUAAGUAG